UAGUCACAUUUAGCUUGUGUUUAAGUGCGUGUGCCUUAACACAACAUAAGCAGGCAGUUCAUGUUGUGGCUGCAGAGUGGGUGUGUUAACUGUUGCCUCAUUAAUCCUAGUGUUGCAGCAAUAGAAGCAGCUCAGCUUGUACAAGUCAAUAAGCAGAUAUUAGUGAGGAGGAUUUCUGUGGAAGGAAACAGUGACUCAAAUGUGAUCAUCUCCGAACGCUCCCUCAUAGAGCUGCACAAGAAUUGAAAGUACCUGUGGGGACUUUCUCUGGGCGGCCCUUCUGUCCACUCAGCUCUGUGACUUCCCAUUUCAUCCACGGACCGUGCGUAAACUCCUCUCCAUGUCUCCUGCGCACGGUGGCCACUGUGUGCAGCGCAGCCAUGGACACCUCUUCCACACGCACACUGCGUUUCUGAUGGUCUAACGUGUGUUCCGGCUGGACGUGCAGAGCCAGGGGGAAAGACGAAGGGAGCGAGAGGAGCUACUACUCGGAUCUGCGCUGAAAAGAGAAAGCGCCGGAAUAAGACUAUUUCCUUCUGUGGCACCGGAAUUAAAACCCGCUCCUGCUCUUUCUUUUUUUAAGUAUCCUGUCGGGAGGUUUGGAGUCUCCUGGCUCCACUGAGAGGUCACGACAUGGACGCACUCAACCAGUCGACCACGUUCACCUCGGUCUUCAACUCGAGCUGCCGCUUCGACGAGGAGUUCAAGUACAUCCUGCUGCCCGUGUCCUACAGCCUGGUGUUCGUGGUCGGCUUUGUGCUCAACGCUGCUGCCUUGUGGAUGUUCCUGCAGAUGCGUCCGUGGAACCCCAGCACGGUGUUCAUGUUCCACCUCGCCCUGUCCGACUUCCUGUACGUCCUCUCCCUGCCCACCCUCAUCUACUACUACGCCAACCGCAGCCACUGGCCCUUCGGGCUGGCCGCCUGCAAAAUAGUGCGCUUCCUCUUCUACGCCAACCUCUACAGCAGCAUCCUCUUCCUCACGUGCAUCAGCGUACACCGGUACUUGGGCAUCUGCCACCCCAUCAAGGCCAUGACGCUGGUGAAGUCCCGGCACGCCCACCUGGUGUGCGGGAUGGUGUGGUGCGUGGUGAGUGUGUGCUUGGUGCCCAACCUCAUUUUCGUCACCACGUCCAGGAGGGACAACGACACCCUGUGCCAUGACACCACCAGCCAGCAGGCCUUCGACGAGUAUGUGGACUACAGCUCUGUGGUCAUGGUGCUCCUGUUUUGCGUCCCGUUCAUGGUCAUAGUGGUGUGUUACUUCCUGAUGGCGCGGACCCUGUGCCGGCCCAGACGUGGAUUGUCCGGCGGCAAGCAAGGCAACGCCUCGCAUCAGAAAUCCAUCAAGCUCAUCGUGGUGGUGCUGGUGGUGUUCGCCGUGAGCUUCGUCCCGUUUCACAUCACGCGGACCCUCUACUACACCUCCCGCGUGCUGGAUCUGGACUGCAGGAUCCUCAACAUCGUCAACUUCACUUACAAGAUCACCCGGCCGCUGGCCAGUGUCAACAGCUGCAUUGACCCCAUCCUGUAUUUCCUGGCUGGGGAUCACUACCGCUCCAAAAUGAUGUCGGUCCUGACAGGAAAGAGACGGACGAUGAGCGGCCAAACCCCCGAACAGGCAGAGACGCAGCUGAACAGUAACCGGGGCGUUGCUCUGGCCUAUUGUAACUCAGCCCUUAAAGCGACAGGAGAGGGGCAGAGAUGUUGAUACAUCUUCAUUAAGGGGCAGCUGAGAGGUCUGGAACUAGUUUGCAGUCAAAUGUACUUUCAGUUUCUCUCCUGUAUAUUUCAGUUUUUGUGGUUAACGUGCAUGAUGACCACAUUUCACCUCCACUCAGCUUCUGUUAUGUUUUUAAAAGGAAGUUUAAAAGGAAGAGUAAACUCAUUUUGCAACAGACAGUAUUCAGACUGUCUAGUGUUUCUCUCUGUGGGGAAUGGUGCCUGUGGUGAAGAAAACUGGGGGAAUAGUAAAUUAAGCAGUUUUCAGACAUUCUUUUGGAAAACUUGCACAGAAUUGGGUCCAGAUUUUCUCCGGAGUUUGACUUUCACACAUGAACAACGCAACAGGAGACUCUCUGCUGAGACGUGUUUACAGCAACAUAUCAUCUCUGCAGCGUUCAGGUGAGGGCUGGUGCAGCAGGCAGAAUUAAAAUGUCUAGGUGUAUUGCACCAUUUUUUCUUGCAGAGAUAUUUCUUUUGUUUUUUCAACACGCUAACUCACUCGCUGUGAAUCCUACGGUGGAUCACCUGCUGUGUUCUGACAUUGAAACAUUCUCUGGAGAAAAUACCGCCCAUCUGUUCAAGGCCCUGAGAUUCAGUGCUUCUCUGAAAGCAGCGUGAGACAUGUGCCUUUAAGAAAAUCAGACGCCAGGACAAAGUUUGAUUGGACACACACUGAUCUUAAUAUUAAAAUCAAUAUUACGUGUGAUAAAAACUUUACAGAUGCUGGUUCUCUACUCAGAAAUUGAGGAAGUUAUGAGAAGACGAUCCUUCCUGUUUUUAUCAGCCGUGUCUGUGAGUUACCCAGAAACUGCAGCUCCAGCCAGAGCGGCUCCUCUUCCAGCUGUUUUUGUCCUUCAGCGUUCACAGCUGCUGCCUCUGCUCAACCGUGAAGAAAAGAAGCAGUGGGCCUGACCUGGAUAGGACAUAGCUUUUUUAUUUUUUUUAUUUUCAAACCACCCACGCCUCAUUAGAGGGAUACGGGAUUUUCCUUUCUCCCCCUUUCACCUUUGGGAUUGAUUCGUGGAAUUUAAAGGCCUUUUUUCUGAUAUCCGAACUCUAAACUGCUACUUGAUAGUUUUUGCAGGAUUGACAGUGAUUCACACGAGUUACUGAGGUUGUUGUCACAUGUCAUGAACUGAUUAUAGAGUGAAACUGUCUGUGAGAUCCUGGAAGUCUCAUGAUCACCCUCAAUAAAAGAGAAAUGGAUUUGUAUGAAUUACCGUGAAACAAAAUGCAUCAUUUCUCUAAACCGUACAUCUGUCAAGUGUCCACCUGCUGACACCUGAGCAGCUGCAGCACAGGAGGUGUUUUUUCAGGCGAAAGCGAAGUUAUACUCCUGGAGAUAAUCCUCAGGAUGAAUCAGACUUCAGAGUCCUGGCACAGACCUAUCUUGUUCAGGAUCAGGGUGUUGCCUAGAUAAAUACUGUAACCAUGAGGAAACUGUUUAACGUCAACCAGUUAAGGAGGAGGAACUUGUUGUAUUUCGCGGACAUCGCUAUAAAGUUUAAAUAUCGAUAGUAUUUCCGUAUUGUGUGAACCCCUCUCUAAUCUGUGCUCUGUAUCGGCUUGUUCAUUGCAGUGCUUCACAUCUGAACAGUUCCCAUACGAAUGUUCCUAGUGAAAUUCCUUUAGAGACGUUGGAUUUUGAAAUGAUCUUCUGGGUCUGAAAGUUGGGAUUGAACCCAGUGUGGUUGAGAUGUUUCAAUUGAAAUGAAUUCUCUUACUAUGGGUCAUCAGAAACAGAUGCUCAUCACAUCUCAUGCACAUCUCAUGAGUCUUUACAGUCAAGUUGUACUCGCUACUGUACAAAAUCUCUAAACUACUUUACUUAAGUAGAUUUAUUUACUAUCUAUUUGGGGUAGUUUUCACCUUUACCACAUCAGCAAAUACUUGUACUUUCUCCUACACUUCAUUUUUACUAUGCACUGUGUUACAUUUUUGAAACAUAAUCAAUAAAAGAGGGCAAUCGAUUAA